CUCUUUUACGUGGUCUAGCGAUACAGGCUGCGUCCUUUUUUGCAGGAACAUCUUUUAGUUCUCACGUCAAGAGCUCAGCUCAGUAUAUAAACACACCCAACACUGAGAGUGAGGUUCUUCCUGGAGAAGAGAUGAAGACGCUGCACUUGUCUGUGAUUCUGCUCACGCUGUCCGGUGUUCUCACUCAGGACAGGGGAUUGGGUGUGAAAUAUCCGGAUAAUCCGAUCUGUGCUGUGAGAGGAUUCAGUGUCUCCAUUCCCUGUAGUUAUUCUUAUCCACAGCACAAUUAUCAAGUGACACAAAAGCUUUGGUGCUCAAUGAACUCAAACACAGACGUGUGUAUGAACCCCCCGUAUGUUUAUAACAGCUCAUCAAUCACCACAUCAGACUUUGAGUACGCUGGAGACGACAAAUCAGACUGCACUUUGUUAAUCCACAAUGUACAGUUCAGUUAUUCUGGAGAGUACAGAUUCAGAUUUAUAACUGAUGUGCCCAGUGUAAGAUGGACAGGUGUACCUGGAGUGAUUCUACAAGUUGCAGAUUUAAAGGUGUCACUAAUCAGGCUCAGUGGAAUCGGAACCCUUAAACAAGGAGACUCGUUAAAUCUGAUGUGUGAUGUGAACUGCACACAAAGUUCCUCACAGUUUGUGUGGUCUAAGAACAACGAGCGCUUAAAUACAUCAGGACCCGUUCUUCACUUUCCUGCUGUAACCGUGAGGGAUUCUGGGAAUUACACCUGCACUUGGGAAACCAACAAUGCCUCAAGAUCUGAAACGAUCAGUCUUCUCGUCGAGGAUCCUGGUGAUUGGUCAGUCUGGAUCAUUGUUUUAGUGACAGCUGGAGUGAUUUUCAUGGUCUUAGCUGUCCCAGCUGUGAUUUACAUCAGGAGGAGGAAAUGUAAAGCUCCGGAAGACAACGGGGGGGAAAGUGGAGAGAAAACACAGACAAAGCCACAGUUAAAACACGUUUCUCAAGUUCCUGAUGAAGAAAAGUGGAACAAAGAGGACGUGACUUACGCGUGUGUCCAAAACAAAGCUACAACCAAAAGGUCAGAGGUCACAGCGCAGCUAAACCGAGUUCCUCGGCCUGAUGAAGAAGUGUUGGAUAAAGGAGACGUGGUUUAUUCGUCUGUGUGCGUCAACCCCAACAAACCAGCCCAACAGUGUGUCCAGACUGAGCAGAAGGAGGAGGACGAUUGUGUGACCUACAGCGUUGUGAAAAAGGCCUGAUGACGCUUUCACACCUCAUUCACCCUCAGAACAGAUGAGUUUUAUUUAGAGAGCAUCAUAACGCCUGGGAUUUUUCCCGUGCAUGCAACUCAGUAGGAUUUAAGACUUGCUGAUAUCACAGGAAGUGCCCGUUUAUUUACUGUAAACAUCCUGUUUGGAAGGACAUUUUAAAUGAAUUUGUUUAACACAUUCUUAUGAUUUCUUUAGUGUAAUUUAUGUUGUUUUUGAGCAAACAGACUUUUACUUCUUAGGCCGCUUUAAGCUCUAUUCACACUGGUUUACUUUUACACGUGUCGAUGGAUUUGAUUUCUCUGGGGUUUUAGUCGCGUCUGAAUCUGUCAGGUCAGACAUUUUUACAUACUGUACAUGCAAAUGAACGUGUCUGGAAAGAGGACACUGUAAUUUAAAAGGUCCUGUAGAAUACACAAGAUAUUGUUUAUAUCCACAUAUUUGUGCUUUUUUUUUCAGUUUAAAGUCACUCCAGGAAGCGUCCCAUCUUUUCUACCGUCUCCUGAUAAAACAGUUCCUGAGUUACUACGACAGUAGCACAGGUACAGCCUAUACACAUGUUCUAGUCAUGUGACCAUCAUGUGACCUACUCAUGCUCAAGCACAGCUUUUGUGGCCACACCCCCUCACAACAAGUUCUUACUGUAUAAUAAAGGACGAAGCAAUCAGUUUGCAUUAAAUAUAUAAGGUGUGUGUAUUAGGCUACUUUUAGUGCAACAAGCGUGUGUACAUCAUGAAGACACGCCCAUCUGUGUGAUCCAUACAGAGAGCCCUUCUCCUGUGUGAUUUAGUUCAGAAUCACUCCACACGUCCUCCGACAACAUUACUUAAGUCGGGAAAACUAAUCCCGUCUGAAUACGGCUUUAGAAACAAGAUUCUCUGAUUCUGAUGAUGAUUAUUAGCAUUUAAUGCAGGAAAUCUUUAAUUAUAUAAAAUCCCAUCACACAAAAAAGUGUCUGGCAAAUGAAUGUAAAUGUAAAUGAUUGUUUGCAUCCUUAUGUUAGUAGAGUACUUUAUUUUAUUCUAACAAAAACCUAUUUUAAUCAUAAUGGGGAAAUGUUGUGGUUUGACUUUUUAUGUAUAAGAUAACAUAUGUGCUGUAACAUAUAUGCUAUAUAGUUUCCUUCCUAUAUUUUUAAGCUGUUAUUCAUCUUUAGAUUGUUUUACUUUAUUAAUUAACACAGUGACAGUGAUGAUAAUGAUCAUGCACACUGCUAUGUUCAUGUAUUUCCCUGCUAUGGUUUGAAUAAUGUAGAUGAAAUUGUUUUGGGGUUUUUAGCACCAGAUUCUCAACUCUCUAGUUUGAUUCUUUCAGAAAAUAAAUGUAUAACGGUUGAGUGUAAAAGCAGAGUGUAUGUUACAAAUAAAAUUGAAUUGAAUUGAAUUGAAUAUGCAUGUUCAUAAUGUAUUGAGGUUUCCUGAGAAGAACAACAGUGCACUGAAAGUCCAGAACCUGAGCAACUGCAAUGAUUAUAGUUAAUUACUAAUUUUCUGUUUCUUAUUACUGAAACUUACUUAAACAUCACCAUUAGAAAUCAAAAUCAAAUGUCCACUAAUAUUAAACAGUAUAAAAGUGUAUAAUCAGUAACUGAGCGUACACACGGCUACAUCAAUCAGAAAACAGUUAAAACUCUGAACAAUAAUAGUGUGUAAGAGUGAGAGGAUGUUUCAUACCGGACAGCGUGAGCAGAAUCACAGACAAGUGCAGCGUCUUCAUCUCUUCUUCAGGAAGAACCUCACUCUCAGUGUUGGGUGAAACGAUCAGCCUUCUCGUCGAGGGUGGGUCCAUCUGCUCACAACACUCCUGAAUGUCUCGAAUGAUUACUGAAGGAAAUAAAGUGACUUGUGUUCACAUGAAUAUUCACAUAUUAAACACUUGUUGUUUUUUAAAAGGUGACAAUCCUGAAAAUCCUGACCAUUGGUCAGUCUGGAUGAUUGUUGUGGUGACAGGUGGACUGAUUAUCAUCAUCUUAGCUAUCGCAGCUGUGAUUUACCACAGGAGGUAAAACUCUGCAUGCUCUUCUAGAUCUUUACGG